ACCAAUAGCUGAAACAAUGGGUUUCUCUUCUUCCUCGCGGCGCUUAUGCGUAGCUUCGGUGCUACUACUUUGCCUUUGCGUACUAUUGUGCAGAGUGCAGGGAGGAUCAUCUCGCAAGGGACAGUCUUUCUAUUACCACGUACAGAACUCGUCAAGGAGUAGUUUCGCAAGUCUUGCCUUUUAUGGCCCGUGUACCACGGAUGCACUCAAUGGCACGGACGUGAAAGGGAUAAUCCUGCUCUGCUUACCCAUACAGCCAAAUGAUCCCGACGCGAUCGCCCCACGGAACACUUUCGCAGAGGCGAAACAAUAUACCACGGACACACUAACUGCUGAUUGCAAAGGGAUUGCCUGCGUUCUUGUGGACCUUGACACUGGGGUGAAGAUCGGAAAAUACAUGGACGCUACCAGCUCUCCAGUGGCGAAGAUUGAACCCGCACGCACCGUUACGGGGAAAGAGAUACUAGGGGCAAAAGUGGCAGCAUUCUCUUCCAGAGGUCCAUCGCGUGAUUACGCCGACAUUAUCAAGCCUGACAUAGCCGCGCCCGGAGCCAACAUCUUGGCGGCGGUGGGAGAUUCCUAUGUAAUGUAUUCCGGGACAUCGAUGGCGGCCCCACAUGUAGCAGGAAUCGUCGCGCUACUGAAAGCUUUGCACCAAGACUGGUCUCCUGCCGUCAUAAAAUCUGCCAUCAUCACCACAGCCCAUGUAACGGACGAGCGCGACAUGCCCAUACUAGCGGAAGGAGUGCUGCGGAAGAUGGCAGACCCGUUUGACUAUGGCGGCGGCAACAUCAACCCUGACGGCGCGGCUGAUCCCGGCCUGGUCUACGACAUCGAUCCCCGCGACUAUAACAGAUUCUUUGGGUGCACCAUCGUCAGGAGGACGAACGUGAGUUGUGACGCGACGGCGCUACCGGCAUACCACCUGAACCUGCCAUCUAUCGCAGUGCCUGAGCUGAGGCGCCCGAUCACUGUGUGGAGGACAGUGACAAACGUC